UCCUUUCCCUUCCUGCCAUGGUUUCAAAGCUGGUAGCAAUCCUUCUUGUUGGGGUCCUCGCCGGAGCCCUCCCGGCCACUGUGCUGGCCCAGAACUGCGGCUGCGACGCAGGUCUGUGUUGCAGCCAAUGGGGGUACUGUGGCACCGGGGAUGACUACUGUGGGACUGGGUGCCAGGCAGGGCCUUGCUCUUCGUCCGGCGGGGGCGGGGGUGGUGGUAGUGGUAGUGUUUCUGUCUCUGAUGUUGUGACGGAGGAUUUCUUCAAUGGGAUUAUCAGUCAAGCUGAUAGGAGUUGCGCCGGGAGGAACUUCUACUCGCGUAAUGCCUUCCUUGAUGCUGUUAGCUCGUAUCCUCAGUUUGGCCAGGAUGGUUCCGCGGAUGAUUCCAAGCGGGAAAUCGCCGCUUUCUUUGCUCAUGUCACGCAUGAGACUGGACACUUCUGUUACAUUGAAGAAAUAGAUGGUCCCUCCAAGGACUACUACGAUGAGAGCAACACACAGUAUCCAUGUGUAUCUAGAAAGGGUUACUAUGGUCGUGGACCGAUUCAAAUAUCAUGGAACUACAAUUAUGGGCCGGCUGGAGAGAGCAUAGGGUUUGAUGGCUUGAACAAUCCUGAAACAGUGGCUAAUGAUCCAGCUGACAAGGAUUUGGAGCCACAAUUCGAGCCAUCAAUGGUGGGGAAUGUGGCGGAGGAAAUAGCGCUGCUGUCAAUGCACGUAUUGGAUAUUAUACAGAUUAUUGCAAUCAAUUUGGUGUUUCAACUGGUGACAAUCUUUCUUGCUAGGGUCUCAACCUUAUCAUCUCAUUUCUCACAUUCUUCUCUUGAUAUGGCUAUCAAGCUGGUGGCAAUCCUUCUUGUUGGGGUCCUCGCCGGAGCCCUCCCUGCCUUCACCUGUGGCUGCGACGCGAGUCUGUGUUGCAGCCAAUAUGGGUAUUGCGGGACCGGGGAUGACUACUGUGGGACUGGGUGCCAGGCAGGGCCUUGCUAUUCAUCCGGAGGCGGCGGUGGCAAUGGUAGUGUUUCUGUCUCUGAUGUUGUAACGGAGGAUUUCUUCAAUGGGAUUAUUAGUCAAGCUGCUGGGAGUUGCGCCGGGAAGAACUUCUACUCGCGUAAUGCAUUCCUUGAUGCUGUCAGUUCGUAUCCUCAGUUUGGCCAGGAUGGUUCCGCAGAUGACUCCAAGCGGGAAAUCGCUGCUUUCUUUGCUCAUGUCACGCAUGAGACCGGACACUUUUGUUACAUAGAAGAAAUAGAUGGUGCCUCUAAGGACUAUUGCGAUGAGAGCAACACACAGUACCCAUGUGUAGCUGGAAAGGGUUACUAUGGUCGUGGACCGCUUCAAAUAUCAUGGAACUACAAUUACGGGCCGGCUGGACAGAGCAUAGGGUUUGAUGGCUUGAACAAUCCUGAAACGGUGGCUAAUGAUCCAGUAGUGUCCUUUAAAACAGCAUUUUGGUUCUGGAUGAAUAAUGUGCACUCUAUCAUAGGACAAGGAUUUGGAGCCACAAUUCGAGCCAUCAAUAGUAUGGAAUGUGGUGGAGGAAAUACCGCUGCUGUCAACGCACGUAUCGGAUAUUAUACAGAUUAUUGCAAUCAAUUUAGUGUUUCAACCGGUGACAAUCUUUCUUGCUAAGGCAUGAAAGAGUUUCAUCUAAAUAUUUGGAUUUGAUAUAUGUGACCCUUAAAAAUAAAGAGUUUAUAGUAUGAAACUCUCGUUUAUAGGGUUUUGUUGUACUGUAGU